AUGUCAGAGAUAGAAGAAGAGGAAGAAGGAUCGAGUGCGGUUACAGGUUCGAGAAGUUUCGAUCUUCCCGCGGAAGUCCUUCAAGUCCUACCGUCCGAUCCUUUCGAGCAGCUAGAUGUGGCCCGCAAAAUCACAUCCAUUGCUCUCUCGACACGUGUCUCUGCUCUCGAAUCAGAGUCCUCCGAUCUCCGGGAACUUCUCGCCGAGAGGGAGAAAGAAAUCUCCGAGCUCCAAUCGCACGUCGAGUCUCUCGACGCGUCUCUCUCCGAUGCUUUGCACAAGCUUUCUCUCGCCGACGGUGAAAAGGAGAAUCUUCUGAGAGAGAAUUCUUCGUUAUCUAAUACUGUGAAGAGACUCCAGAGAGAUGUCUUAAAGCUUGAAGGUUUCAGGAAGACGCUUAUGAUGUCUCUUCAAGAUGACGACCAAAAUGCAGGAAGAACACAAAUCAUCGCUAAGCCAACACCAAAUGAUGAAGAUUCUCCAUUUCAACCUUCAAGACAUUCAUCAAUCCAGUCUCAAUCUUCUGAACUCAUUGAAUCCACCGCUACAAUAGAGAAGGAAAACGAAGCUCCUAAACCGAGUUUAUCACAGAGUCUUCCAUUAGUGUCUCAGACUACUACUCCUCGGCUUACUCCUCCUGGUUCUCCACCAUCCCUAUCUGCUUCUACGACCCCUAAAACGACGUCGAGGCCUAUCUCUCCUCGACGCCACUCUGUAUCAUUCGCUACCAGUAGAGGCAUGUUUGAUGAUAACAGAUCCUCUAUCUCAAUCUCAGAGCCUGGUUCACACACUGGACGAACUCGGGUUGAUGGGAAAGAGUUCUUCCGACAAGUCAGGAGCCGAUUAUCUUACGAGCAGUUUGGUGCAUUUCUUGGAAAUGUGAAGGAUCUUAACGCUCACAAGCAAACAAGAGAAGAAACGCUUAGGAAAGCUGAAGAGAUAUUUGGAGGCGAUAACAGAGAUCUCUACGUCGUUUUCGAGGGAUUGAUCACUCGCAACGCUCAUUAA